UUCCUCAGCUGCGGAGUACUGAGGGAGGUCACGUGUUGAACGCGGAGUGAAGAGCGAGGAACUAUGGCGGGAGAAGGGGGCGUCGGCGACUUCCACAGCCACCUUUGUACUCCGCGGGGCCGGGACACGGAUGGGUUGUCUGUGUUUGAAAAGUUGGCUCUGAACAUGCAAGAUGUGUCGGGAGACAGAGGUGUGUUGAAAGAAGUCAUCAGAGCUGGCUAUGGGGACACUGUUCCUCCUGAUUCAACAAUAAUUGCAAAGUACUCGGGAUACUUAGAACAUUCUGAUAAACCCUUUGACACAAAUUGGUUUCGACGUAACCCCCGGCUGAUGAAACUUGGAGAAGAUAUCACACUUCUAGGUAUGGAGGUAGGUGUACUGACAAUGCAAAAAGGAGAGCUAUCGCGGUUCCUUUACUCGCCCGCAUAUGCCUAUGGUGCAUUAGGUUGCCCUCCACUUAUCCCUCCCUCCGCUACCGUCUUGUUUGAAGUAGAGAUGAUGGACUUCCUAGAUACAGCAGUUUCAGACUCUUUUUUUGUUCUGUCCCCGAACCAUCAGGCAAUAUUUCCUUUACAAAAGGUCUUGGAAAUUGCUACUACUGAGAGAAAGUUUGGCAAUUACCUCUUUAAACGAGACCGAUUUCAUGAUGCCAAGGAUAGGUAUAAACGGGCAUCCUCUUCUCUAUCACGCUGUGGAAAGUCAGAGGAAGAAAGAAGACAGCUUGAAGCAGCUCGUCUACCUAUAAAUUUGAAUUUGGCACUCACAUACUUGAGGUUAGAACGUCCCAGCAGCAGUCUAGAGUGGGGUGAGAAGGCUCUGGCCAUAGACAACAAGAAUGUUAAAGCUCUGUUUCGAUGCGGACAGGCAUGUCUUGAGUUGAAAGAGUAUGAAAAGGCUCGUACAUUCCUUUUAGGAGCUCAGAGGUUGAAGCCGUUUAACUCUGAAAUUAACGGUGAAUUGAAGAGACUGUCGAGUUGUUACAGGGAAUACAUGGAUCAACAGAGAGCACUCUGUCUUCGUAUGUUUGCCCCAAAGUCAUCCAAAACUGCAUAAUGUUAUAAUGCUGAAGGUCAUCAUCAAGUAAGAUCAAGCAGUACAGUCGUUUGCGUCUCUGCGCCUUGCUUCUUUGGAGUUCACCUGUCAAGUUACAAAGACUUGACAACUUUAAGGGGACAGUAUAUGUUCAUAGUUUUUUCUUAAGACAACAGUGUUCUUGUUACCUUGCAUUAAUACCUAAAUUUCAAGGUAUAUAUAAUGUUGUGUAUUGUGUCAUAACAAUAAGAGAGCAGAGAGUGGAUGUUGCAGUCCUCAUGUUACCUUUUCUACUACGAUUGGUGUAGUUUUUUGUAAAUUUUAGUAUUUUUUUAUUUCCACUCUUUUCUAAAGUAGAGUGUAUAGGUGACUUAACAUUUUUUAUGUCUUGAAAGAUGGUUAUAUUCAAGUUAUGUUUUUUUUUUUUUUUUGUUUUCUUCUUUUUAUCGUCAUCCUCUAAAAAUUCCAUGAUUUCACGACGUAUGCCUCUUACAUGAGAGCUUUACCUAAUAAGUACAUGUUGGGGCAAUUGUUUUUCUCCAUGCUCCUUCGUUGAGUUCGGUGAUCAAUAACACUAAAUGUAACUCUAUUUUCAGAUGUCUUUAGAAAUAUACCAUCUAUUGGUAUGCAUAUCCUAUAAUUGAUGACUUCCUACAUUUUUCCCAGUGACACAUAAUAGACUUAUUCAAAGAGCAAUUUACAGAGAAUUCUUUAUGUGAAACAGUCUUUAGGUGAAGUGGCACACAUCAGUAAAUUUUAGUGUACUGCAGUCAGGCUAGUAAAAGAUAAAUUCUGACUGGCUAAUUUGGUCGACAUGACUUUUCAGUAUGCCCGAGAGCAAUAUGUACAGGCAUGUUUGUUUGGUCCACUUAAAAUGUUUUUUGUUUAGUAGUUCUGUCUCCUUGACAUUCUUGUCUGAAAAAGCAGAAACUGCAAACCAUUUUGUCAAUUUCAAAUAUUUUGUUUAAAAUUGAUUUUUGCAAAGAAUAAUAAACGUUGCAUCUGUUAGGCAUUUAUGAAUA